GCUAUGUCACUAUUACUAUGUUCUGUGGGAGUUGGAUGAAAGUAAUUACUGCACAUAGUUCAUGAAUGACCAAAACACAACAUUGGGACUUUGUGAGUGGUCCCACACUAAGGUUUUCUCUUGCCCUUACCAUCCAUCACGUACAUAUAUAUCUAUGUGUAUGCAAGCUGCUGGCUGGCUACUACUUAUGUUAUUUCUUUCCCUCUUUCAUUUCAUUCCAAUUUCCAACCAAACCCCGUUUUCAGAAAUGGAGAUAGAGCAAGAAGCAAGUAGGAAUGAAAAGGGUGUUGGUGAGUGUGGUGAAAUGAUGAGGGUUUGUGAUGAUAAGAGAAGGAUGUAUUAUGUUGUGUGGGAAGAUUUGAGUGUUGUAGUUCCAAACUUUGGGAAUGGACACACAAAGAGGUUGCUGAAUGGGUUGAGCGGAUAUGCUGAACCAAACAGAAUCAUGGCUAUCAUGGGUCCUUCUGGCUCUGGAAAAUCUACUCUUCUUGAUGCUUUGGCAGGUAGACUAUCUAGAAACGUUAUCAUGUCUGGAAAUGUGGUUAUAAAUGGAAAGAAGAGGAAAUUGGACUAUGGGGGUGUAGCUUAUGUGACCCAAGAAGACACAUUGCUGGGAACACUAACAGUGAGAGAGACAAUAUCUUACUCAGCCAAUCUAAGGCUCCCAUCUAGCAUGAGCAAAGAAGAGGUGAAUGACUUGAUAGAGGGAACAAUCAUGGAAAUGGGUCUUCAAGAGUGUGCUGAUAGGCUUAUAGGGAAUUGGCAUUUGAGAGGCAUAAGCGGUGGAGAAAAGAAAAGACUAAGCAUAGCACUUGAAAUCCUCACAAGGCCUUCCCUCUUGUUCCUUGAUGAACCCACCAGCGGUUUGGACAGUGCCUCAGCAUAUUUUGUUGCUCAAACUUUGAGAAACAUAGCUCAUGAUGGCAAGACUGUUAUCUCUUCUAUACAUCAGCCAAGUAGUGAGGUUUUCUCACUCUUUGACCAUCUCUUUCUUCUUUCUGGAGGUCAAACUAUUUACUUUGGAGCAGCACAAAAGGCAGUUGAGUUCUUUGCCAAAGCGGGAUUCCCAUGUCCAAGUAGAAGAAACCCUUCAGAUCAUUUCCUCCGUUGUAUUAAUUCAGACUUUGAUGAUGUCACAACCACUAUGAAGGCCUCCCAAAGAAUUCAUGAAGGAAUAUCAACGGGAUUAUCAACUGCAGCAAUCAAAGCAAUUCUCAUAGAGAAAUACCGAUGGUCAGAACACGCAACCACCGCAAGAGCAAGAAUCAAAGAAAUCUCAAACAUAAAUGAAGGACGUGAUUUUGAAAGCAAAAGCAAAUGCGAAGCAAAAUGGUGGAAGCAACUAUCAACGCUGACUCGUAGAUCAUUCGUGAACAUGUCUAGAGAUGUGGGAUACUACUGGAUAAGGAUAACUAUCUACGUUGCCUUAUCAUUGUGUGUUGGAACAAUCUUUUACGGAGUUGGGUCGAGUUAUAGAGCCAUUUUUGCAAGAGGAGCAUGCGGAGCUUUUAUAUCAGGUUUCAUGACAUUCAUGUCCAUAGGGGGCUUCCCAUCUUUCAUAGAAGAAAUGAAGGUGUUCGAUAAAGAAAGACGAAAUGGGCAUUAUGGCGUUGGAGUAUACAUUUUAUCAAAUUUUCUCUCUUCAUUUCCCUUUGUGGCAGUGAUGUCCUUUGGUACUGGGACAAUAACCUAUUACAUGGUUAAGUUUCGUUCAGAAUUUUCACAUUUUUUGUAUAUUUGUCUGGAUCUUCUUGGCUGCAUCGCGGUUGUGGAGAGCUCCAUGAUGAUUAUAGCUUCAUUGGUUCCCAACUUUCUAAUGGGAUUGAUAAUUGGAGCAGGAUAUAUUGGUAUUAUGAUGAUGACUGCUGGCUAUUUCCGACAGAUCCCUGAUCUUCCCAAAUUCUUCUGGCGUUAUCCAAUAUCAUACAUCAAUUAUGGCGCAUGGGGAUUGCAGGGAGCUUUCAAGAAUGACAUGAUUGGGAUGGAGUUUGACUCCUUAGAACCUGGAGGCCCAAAACUGAAAGGAGAAAUGAUCCUCAAAACCAUGCUUGGCAUUCAAGUUGAUAAUUCAAAGUGGUGGGACUUGGCUGCAGUCAUGAUCAUCCUCAUAUUUCUCAGAGUUCUUUUCUUUUUCAUUCUGAAAUUUAAGGAGAGAGUUGCACCUUUCCUUUAUGGUAUCUACGCCAAGCAAACACUUCACCGCAUCAACAAGCGACCUUCGUUCAGGAAAGCACCAUCUUUCCCUUCAAAGCGUCACCAAUCACUGCAUCCCUUGUCUUCUCAAGAGGGUCUCAACUCCCCUAUUCAUUAGAAAAACCAUCAUUUGCUGAUACACACAACAAUCACACCUCAUACUCCCAAUAUUAUAUAUGUAACGUUGUAUAAUGAGGAAUACUUUGUCUUCACAAUUCACAUGGAUAAAAUAUAUAAGCAAAAUAUAUUUUAUAUUUAUA